AUGUCCAAAUUCAAAGAUUAACCAACAUCUUCUCAAAUAGGGUGCGGCUGCUUUGGGGGUUCCUAUUAAAAAACUAUGACAAUGUUCUCACACAUAGAGAUAGAUGAUGAGAUUGUAUCGGCAUAAGUAAUCUUGGAAAUGAUUUACAGAGGCUAGAAUGCACUUUACGCUUUGUCUCGCUGUAAACUGAACCCAAAUUUAGUCUUACUGUAAUUUCGAGAUGAUUUAGAGUACUUUAUUCCUCAACUAAUCAACCAAAUAUUAUAUAAAUAGUUGGAAUAUGUGCUUAAUUUUAUUCUUAAGGCUGCUGAGGUAGAUUUCUUCUUUGCUCAUACAUUCUUCUUUGCUUGGAGAUCCAUUGUGAAUGAUAACUCUCCAGAAAUUGAAAAUUAUUUGAGACUAUUUUUAUCAACAUUAGAUAGAGUUUACAAAAAGACUCUCCUAAUAGCUGCUUAUUAAGAGAACCAUUAAUUCAAUUAAGGCAUAGAACAACAGAUUUCUAAAGGGAUGCCUAUUGUACAAUAAACAAAUAUAUUACCUGACAGAAUUCAAGCAUAUGGCACAUUAUUUUAUUCAACUCAUGUGUUUGAUGAUACAUUACAUUUGGCUAAUUAUGAAUCUAUAUUUAGAGAAGCUAAAUCUUCAGGGUUCUGUUCUAAUAUAGAUUUUUGGGAUGAUAUCAUAUAUAUUUCCUAGAAUUUACAUUUGGCAGAUCCCAAAAUAAUAUCUCUCAAGGCAGAUAUCCAAAAAAUAAAUAGAGGCUUGCCUGCUGCUGUUUAUGUACCAUUUUAGGGAGUGAGAAGUUAUGUUGUACUUAAUAUAGUUGUUGAUGAAUGCAAAGUAUUCGCUACAAAAUGUAGAUCGCCAUUUUAUUUAUGUCUCGAAAUCUAUAGGCCUGAAGAAGAAGCCGAAUUAAUUCCUAAUCCACUAAGAAAUAGUCGCAUGUCUAUUCCAAAAACAGUAGGGAAAAUGGAAAGUAAGAAUAGCAUUGAAAACAAUGAAACCUAAGAUUGUACAAGAAAUAGACCUACCUAUCUAUGUAAAAUUGUAGAAGAAGAAGAGGAAGUUGAGGAUAGUUAGCAGGAUUUGACACAAUUCAGUAAUAUCCUGAAGGAUAAUGAUGUCUCACACUCUUACUAUGAGGAUUUAAAUAGUUUAGUAUCAAUCUAGGCUAACUCAUCCAAAUAAUUAAAUAAGAUGUCAAAAAAAGAAUUGGCUGAUUCUAUUUUUGGUUGUGAUAAUUCAGAUAGAAUUAGAAGUAAUUCUCCUUUUAGAAAUUUCAAAUCUUGGAAAUUAGUACACCUCAUUGUUAAAUCUGGAGAUGAUUUGAGAUAAGAGUAAUUCGCAAUGCAAUUAAUCUCGACUUUUGAUUAGAUUUUUAAAAUUGAAUAAUUGAAAUUAUAAUUGACAACUUACGAAGUGAUAUCUUUAGGACCUGGCUAUGGCUUAAUAGAAGUAGUGAAGGAUGCCCUAUCCAUAGAUUCGAUUAAAAAAAAACUAAAUGAUAUACUACAAAUUAAGUGUUUGAGUUCGUAUUUUAACUUAAACUCAUCUCAAGCCAUGAUAUCCAAUUUUUUAAACAGUUUAGUUGCAUAUAGUCUGGUCUGUUAUUUUUUAUAAAUCAAAGAUAGACAUAAUGGCAAUAUUUUGUUACAUAGAGAUGGUUACAUAGUUCAUGUAGAUUUUGGAUUUUUUCUAUCUCAUGCUCCAAAGGGGAGCUUGGAAAAGGAUGUGCCCUUUAAGUUGACAGAGGAAUAUAUGCAGAUAUUGGGUGGAUACAACUCCAAUUUGUUUAAGAGGUUUAGGAAGAUGUUCUUUGAAGGAUUCAAGGCAAUCAGAAAGCACAAGGACAAAAUAAUGUUGCUAGUAAAAAUGAUGGAGAAUUCAAAUUUGAGCUGUUUUAAGGGAAACACUCUAAUUGAGUUGGAGAGGAGAUUCUUAUCAAAUGAUCUUUCGGAUUCACAAUUGUAUGUGCAAUGUCAAAAAUUAAUCGAUUUGAGUAGAGGAAACUGGAGGGCUAAUUGGUAUGACAAAUAUUAAUACUAUUUUUAAGGUAUUAUGUAUUGAUUUAAAUUAAUUUUUGAAAUUUUAUUAUUUAAGUAUUAUUAUCUAAUUCA